UUAAAAAAUGUGGUUAUUUGAACUAGCCAAUCGCAGCGCAGCGUCUCAAUUUUGUUUUGUCACGUGUUGGUGCUUGUGUUUGAGUUUUUACUGUGUUUUUUCGGGAAAAUCAAUAGAAGAGGAAUUCGGAAACAUCAUGUCCAGUGCCAAAUUACCGGCUUUCAAAAAGUGAGGUUGUGAUUACAAAAACCAACAUGUUUGUGAUGUUUGAAGACAACUUUUUCCAGCAAUACACACCGAGACUGAAGUCUUGCGGAAACGUUUGCACAAUCCUUUCCGUAACCUUAUGUUUUAUAACAGUUUUAACACUCCUGGCGAUAUUUGCGGUCGAUUUGACCCAAAAAGUCCACAUUGUUUAUAUUGGCGGAGCGGCCCCAAAGCAUAUCACCAAUGAGAAAUUCCUAAGUGUGGCCCUGGACGCGUCCGUAAUCGCCAAUGGGUUCAAACAUUUCGACUUGAAAAGCGAGAAAGUGAUCAAAUUGAUGAAAGCCCUCUCGCCUGCGUAUUUACGAAUUGGGGGCACAAUGGCCGAUCGAUUGAUUUUUUCUACAACCGAGUCACUGCAUUUCAAACACUUGGGCCCCAAAGUUGACGGUGGUGAAUGUUCCUAUGAGGAAAGAUACUGUGAUGCUUUAAAUCGGCCUAACUUUACGAUGAAUUCACACGAAUGGUUGCAAUUGAAUGAAUUGGCCCAGAAAACCAAUCUUGAAAUUAUUUUUGAUUUGAAUUCGUUGAGGCGGUUCGAUGACGGGGCUUGGGAUUACACAAAUGCUGAGACGCUGAUUCGGUUUUCGAGUCAACACAAUCUGAACGUAAACUGGGAGUUGGGCAAUGAACCCAAUGCUUAUCGCCACCAAUUCGACUACGAGGUGCAACCAGCUCAGUUGGCUCAUGAUUUUCAAACCCUUCGUAACAUUUUACAAAAAUAUCCACUUUACCAAAAAUCACUUGUUGUGGGUCCUGAUGUUACGCGACCCCAAAACACUAACAAUCAAAGUCGUAUUUACUUGUCUGAGUUUUUAAAACAUGGCAUUGAUGUGAUUGAUGCGGUGACUUGGCAUCAAUAUUAUUUUAAUGGUGCAACUGCAAAAGUUGGUGAUUUUCUUGAUGUUAGAAAUUUUGACGUGCUCCAAUGGCAAAUAGAUACUAUCAAGGAUAUUGUGCACAAAGAAGGUGUAAAAAAAAUUUGGCUAGGCGAGACUUCGUCAGCUUACGGUGGUGGUGCUCCUCACUUAUCUAAUCGCUACAUUGCAACUUUUCUCUGGUUGGACAAGUUGGGUUUGGCUGCAAAAAAUGGCUUAGAUGUGGUUAUAAGACAGUCGAUUUAUGCGGGAAAUUAUGCUUUGAUUAAUUGUUAUUACAACCCUUCUCCUGAUUGGUGGGUUAGUAUUUUGUAUAAAAAAUUAGUGGCCCCCAAAGUGGUUGAGUGUCGUUUGGGACAGUCGGAGAGAGUGCGAUUGUAUUGUCAAUGUACACCGGUUAAAAGUUAUUUUGAUAAUAAACCAUCAGUCACUGUUUUUGGCUUGAAUUUGCACAAUCGUAAAGCCAAAAUUCGAUUCGAGGGAAUUACACCGGCAAAGGAUUUGAAAGUCAAUGCUUAUGUUUUGACGACUGUUGAACGGAUUGAUUCAAGAUUUAUUUUUCUAAAUAACCGUUUGUUGCAACUAAAUGAAACUCAUGAUGUGCCAAAUCUACUUCCAGUCACAAUUCCAGCUGAUCCCUAUGUGGAAAUGCCUCCGUUUUCGUUAGGUUUUUGGGUGGUUCCGAUUACCAGUAAUGUGCUUCCUUAUUGUUAAUUUGUAUAUUUAUUGCCUUUUUUAUAAUAAAUUUUUACUAAUAA